AUGCUUAAACAUGAUUCGACAACCCAUCGCCCGAAAACUGAAUCAGAGAAAAGCGGAUCCCCGCACCGGCGAACCUUGGUUGGCCACGAGAAAGCACAGGCAUCACGCGAGGCAGUUGAAGCAGAGUCGGAACGGAGUCAAGUGGCGAGAGCUGCAUUUCCCUCGCGUCUUGCCGCCUCAAUAGCCCUGCCUUCCCGCGCAGGGGAGGGAAAUGUGGAAACUGGAAGAGAGAGAGAGAGAGGCCUGGUAAAGGGGGAAAAGGUGGUGAAUGCUGCACCGGUCCUCUCUCUGGAAUCCAUGAAUUAUAUCAAGUCAGCAGCGAGCAAUAGUUCAUUUCACCGCACAGCAAAGGGACAGACAUCUGCUGAGCAAAUCUUCAUCUACGCUUCCAAGGAGCAUCCACAUCCAACAAAUUACCAACAGCAAGAGCUAAUACCUCUGACUAACUCCUCAUCGAUCAGAAAAGAUAUUGCGAGAGAUUAUGUCCGUGGCUCCAAAACUUGGCAUGAGAACGCGAGAUAUGGCACUGAGGAGAUAGAGCCGAAGGGUAGCUGUGAGCUGGCUGGUCAAAUAUAA